UCUAAAUCUUAGUUCGAGCAGUAGUUACUACUUUACUAGACUAAUUUAUUAGUAGGUAAAUCAUAGCUAAUCUUUUAUUAUCUAUGAGGUAUACAAUAAAUACGAUAACAGUUUUCGAGUAUUGUAAUAAUUUUAAAUUUAUAAACAAACAAGUUAAAUGUAAAUAAGUAAAUCUCAAAAUUUAAAAUUUAAACUCAGUGAUCUAAAUUGAACUCUAUACACAUUUUUAGACUUCAAAAAAAUCUUAUCGUUUAAUUCGUUGACUUUCAUAGUUUUAUUUCAACCAAAUAACCAAUUUAACACUAGUGAGUUGGCUGUCCACAAUGGGGAUCACGAUGGUUGACUGCUUGAAUAAUGACACGGUUAGACAAUUUCUGUGUGCAACUCAACUUGCAACAAUCAACCUCAAAAAUAUAUCAAAAGAAGUUGAUUAUAUAUUAAUGAUCCUGUCCCAUCCAAUCUUACAAAAAUACCCACUGAAAACUCUCUACAUCACUAGAUUUUUGAAAGCAAUUAUUAGUCAAAUGGAAAAUAGUGGAGAUGAAUUAUGCGAUGAACUAUAUUUAAAAUAUGUUGAACUCAUCCAAAAAGAAUCUAAUAAAGGACCUUUUUAUAAACACUAUAUAAUUGAUAAUAAUAUUAUUAGUAAAGAGUUGAUUGAGUCGGUUAUAACUAUCCAAGAAAGUACCAGUAUUGUUUCGCAAGGAACCACAGGACUCUGCACUUGGCAGGCAGGUGUAGCACUAAGUUGUUGGUGUUUAAAAAAUCAAGAUAAACUCAAAGACAAAUUUAUCAUCGAGUUGGGUUGUGGAACUGGAUUGAGCGGAAUAAGCGCUUGUAUAAAUUGUAGACCAAGCGAAUAUUGGUUUAUAGACUGUCACUCGACUGUUUUAAACACCUUAAAGCACAACAUACAAAUUAAUGAAACACACCAUAAAUUUAAUUGUAAAUAUAAUGUUGUUCAAUUGUCCUGGAAUGAUAUAGAGGAUUUGAAAAUGUUUGAAAAUAAAAAACCAGAUUUGGUUCUAGCAGCUGAUGUAAUCUUUGAUCAUACAAUGUUUGAGCCAUUAUGUAGUUCGCUGAAGUAUUUUACAAUCAAUAAUACAACCGAAAUAAUACUUUUCUGUACAAUGAGAAAUCCUGAGACUUAUACAAAAUUUCUUGAGACCCUACAAAAGUAUGACCUAAAGUUUACACAAAACAUUUUACCUAACAAUUACUCAAUUGUACUACAACAAGAAUGUCCAAUAUAUAUAAUACAUAUAAAAUAGGAUGCAGACAUAUACAGUCAUGCCU